AUGUCCGCCAUGCAGCCUUCUGGCUCUGCAAAGCGGAAAAUUCCUAAGCUGGAUGUCGCCCAGAUAUGUCUCAAUCUCCAGGAUCGUCUAGGCCUAGCAAAGGUCCGCUACGAACGAACGCAUCGUCAUCGCGUUGAGCCGCUGCACCCAAUCGAGCAGAACGGGAGGAGAGGUUCCGAUGAAGGCAAUGUUGUAUCAGAUACCUCUUCUGAAAUAUGUGACAGCCGCUACGAAACCCCGUUUACCUCGUCUCCUCUUCCCACGCCAAUGUUUUCAAGAGAGCUCCCUAGGUCAUCACGAAGCAAGCACGCUGCAACGUUCUUUCCCAGCUUCAUUGACAAUAUCGAUGGGUCACGUAAGCGUGGCCUUUCCAGCCCUACCACUGAGCAACCUUCGAAGGCCCCACGACUCUCCAGAAUCUCAUGGAAAGCCGAGAAUGGGCUCCCACAAUCGUCACCUGUCUUCAGUCGCCCUCAUCAUACAUAUCACGGCAAUAGCUGCUCGUUUAUUUCGGAGUCGGACACGAUCCCUGACGAGGAACACUCGCCUGCGUAUCAACGCCAUGUUGACGAAAUCAAGGAACCUGAACUUCCAAUAGUCAAGGUACAAAAUAUCGGCUCGUCGGGGAUCAGCUCCUCACCACCUCGCACUCCACCUCCGAACCGAAAUCGUGCUUCCCGGCGUAACGAAGAGGCUGGGGACGGUGAAGACGGUGCAGAUCUCUUGCUAUUUCUUGCUAAUUCUCCUACGCCAGCUAUUUUCCGGGACAAAGGCAGCCCACGGGAUUUCCCCCCUUCAACCCCUCCUAGCCAACGUGCCGUCCUCCCUUCGUUGACCGCGACACCUGGCAGAGGCGUUACCACCAAUUUUGGAACCCCAACCCAGCAGUUCAAUUUCGCCGACUUUGUAAAUGUUACCCCAAGUCCAGCACAGUUGCCAUGGGGAGGACGAACGCCGGGCACUAUGCCGAGAACCCCACGGCCUCCAAAGGAAUUGAAAAAGAGACUUAAUUUCGAUUCACUCGCUCCUCCCUUGGCUGGAAGUCCCUCGACACAAUCGCCAGACCAGUCAUGA